AUGGAUACAAACCUCCACCCAGAUCCAACCUACAAGUACCCCAAUCCAGUCCCCAAAUGCCAUCCUAAUCCCAACCUCAAAACCCAAGCCAAAACCACCUUCACCCUAACAUUGCCAGCCGACAUGGGCCAACCCAGCAACAUCCCAACCACUUCCCAACCAAUCAUACCACACCCCCAAAUCACCACCAUCAUACCUCAACCACCUAUCACGUCCACCAAUACAAAUAACACAACUACCAUGUUCAAUAAACUUGUUGAACUCAAUCACAGCAAGAAUGACCAUCAACAACAGUUGACCAUUCUCAACAAACACAUAUCACAAGCUACACCGCACAUGCUGGCCUCAAAAUCAGCAUGGCAUCCGGAACUGCAUGUCCCACCUCAAACAUCCUGCACCAACACCAUUCAGAGGAAUCAUCCAAAAUUGAUGGGCAAAUCUCAUCACUUUCCACGAACCUAA